AUGUCUUUCUUUUCUUUUCUUUUUCUCGCUGAAGGGAGUUCGCCGGAGUUACUAAUAUGUAGCUCCUUUUGUAGGGGUGUUCUUUCAAUGUCGUGGUACACCAGUAUUUGUUGCUUUAAUCUUAAAGCAGCCAUGGACCGUAAUCGUUAUCUGAAUUUCCCUAAAUCAGAAAUGAAAUUACCAGAUGUAUCAUCUGGAACCAACUCAUUGAAGUUCAACAAAGGAGGAGAUGGCCGCCCCAGAGGCUUUGGAUUUCAAGGAUUUGCCAUAAACAAAAAACCUGCAGAACCUUCUAAUGUUAAACCUCCUGGAACAGAUACGCUUGGUUUUGCACCUGGUAGUACUCUAUUCCCAGGUCGAUCAUAUAACUUUAGUACCAACAUUGGGAAGAAACGAGUGAAAAGUGAAGAAGAGUAUUUUGAGGAUGAAGAUGAAGAUAACCCUGACUUGGAAUACCAACCUGCCCCUGGUAGCCCUGGGGUUGAGAAAGAAUCUUCUGACAGUAGUGACAGUGAUGACCCAUUAGAUGCUUUCAUGGCUAGUAUUGAGAAAGAGGUGAAAGAUCAAGAUACUAAGGUGAAAAAAGAACCUAAAAAGACUGACAAAGGUGUGCGCGAGGACAUAGAACAAGAAGAUGAUCAAGAAUCAUAUUUUCGCUAUAUGGAAGAGAAUCCAACUGCUGGUCUUGUCAAAGAUGAUGACGAUGUAGAAAUGGAGUAUGAUGCAGAAGGCAAUGCUAUCAUUCCUGAAAAAAUGAAAAUUAUUGAUCCACUACCACCAAUUGAUCAUUCUGAAAUUACCUACUCAGAAUUUGAAAAGAACUUUUAUGAAGAACAUGAAGAAAUCAGUCAGCUCAGUGAUUCUCAAGUGGAAGAGCUUAAAGACAAGCUUGGCAUAAAAGUGACUGGUAUUUGUCCUGCAAAACCAGUCAGUAGCUUUGCUCAUUUUGGUUUUGAUGAGUCACUUAUGAAUGCAAUAAGGAAAUCUGAAUAUACUCAGCCAACCCCUAUACAAGGACAGGGAAUUCCUGUUGUUUUGUCAGGCAGAGAUAUCAUUGGAAUUGCCAAGACUGGUAGUGGCAAGACAGCUGCAUUUGUAUGGCCAAUGUUGAUUCACAUCAUGGAUCAAAAAGAACUUGAAGAAGGUGAUGGCCCUAUAGGUUUGAUAUUAGCUCCAACUAGAGAAUUAUCUCAACAAAUUUACCAUGAAGCUAAGAAAUUUGGGAAAGUUUACAAUAUCCGUGUUGUAUGUGCCUAUGGAGGUGGUAGCCUUUGGGAACAGUGUAAAGCUUGCCAAGAAGGAGCUGAAGUUCUUGUAGCAACACCAGGCCGAUUGAUAGAUCUUGUCAAAAAAAAGGCAACCAAUUUACAGAGAGUCACUUAUUUAGUUUUUGAUGAAGCUGACAGAAUGUUUGAUAUGGGUUUUGAAUCUCAAGUUCGCUCAAUUGCUAACCAUGUUCGACCUGACAGACAAACCUUGCUAUUCAGUGCAACAUUUCGUAAGAAAGUUGAGCGUUUGGCACGGGACAUACUGGCAGAUCCUAUUCGUGUUAUUCAAGGAGAACUUGGCGAGGCAAAUCGGGACAUUACUCAGUUGGUCGAUGUGUUACCUUCAGGACCUACAAAGUGGCGCUGGUUAAUGAAGCGACUUGUAGAAUUUACUACAUUGGGAAGCAUUCUAAUCUUUGUGACAAGAAAAAGCAAUGCUGAAGAAUUAGUCUCAAAUCUACAAAAUAAAGACUUUUCAGUGGGUCUCCUCCAUGGUGACAUGGAACAAGCUGAGAGAAAUAAAGUAAUCACAAUGUUUAAAAAGAAGGAAAUUCCUAUUUUAGUUGCAACAGAUGUAGCUUCUCGUGGUUUGGACAUACCCUCAAUUAAAACAGUUAUCAACUAUGAUGUGGCCAGAGAUAUUGACACGCAUACACAUCGUAUUGGUCGGACAGGCCGUGCUGGUGAGAAAGGUUAUGCUUAUACACUAGUCAAUGAAAAGGAUAAAGAUUUUGCUGGCCACUUAGUCCGUAACCUUGAGGGAGCCAACCAACAUGUGCCCCAGAGUCUAUUAGAUCUUGCAAUGCAGAAUGCUUGGUUUCGAAAGAGUCGUUUUAAGCAAGGUAAAGGCAAGAAAGUUAAUACAAUGGGCAGGAGUUUAGGCUACAGAGAACGCCCAGGACUUGGAGCAGAAAAUAGUUCAACUGUUCAGGAAUCCAGUUUUACCAACUAUAAACCAUCCCCAUCCACUGGACCCCAAAGUGAUCGCUUGGCUGCCAUGAAAUCAGCUUUUGCUGCACAAUUCAGGUCUAACUUUGUGGCUGCCACUGAUGAUGCUCCCUCAACUCCCAAGAGCAGUGAUACUUCUACUAAUGAUGCUCCCUCAGAGGGAAAACGAAGAAAAAAGAGUCGAUGGGAUUAA